UAAUUUCAACAUGGCGCCCGGUUGUGCGGAGUGUGUAUGUGUGUGAAAGUGCAGUGAAAUUAUGUUAAAAUAUCAAGUGUUUUUAGUGAUAAAUUUAGUGUUUAAGUGAAAAGUGUGUGCAUUCAUGCAGUGGUUUUCCUAUAAUGGCUUUGGAUUUACGCCUGCACUCUCCUGCAGGCGCAGAACCUGUUGUUUAUACAUGGCCCCUCACUUCAGGUCAUGGUUCGGACAAACACGAUGGGGCUCUGGAAAUAGUAGAAACAAUAAGGUGGGUAUGCGACGACGUGCCGGACAUGAAGGCCGCCCUCGAGAACAACAUCCUGAGCGACUACGACACCCACUCGUACGAGAGCAUGCGAGCUCUCUGCGACCGCUACAACCGCGCCAUAGACUCUGUCGUCACAUUGGAGAAGGGGACAUCACUGCCAGUUCAGCGUCUGAACAAAUAUCCAUCUCGAGGGCUGCUAAAACACAUACUCCAGCAGACGUAUAACCAAGCCGUCGCAGACCCGGACAAGCUCAAUCAAUACGAGCCCUUCUCACCGGAGGUAUACGGUGAGACGUCAUACGAGCUGAUAGCUCAGAUGAUCGAUCAGAUCGACAUCACAUCGGAGGAUGUGUUCGUGGAUCUGGGCUCGGGCGUGGGGCAGGUGGUGCUGCAGAUGGCGGCCGCGACCCCCUGCCGGAUCUGCUUCGGAGUCGAGAAGGCGGAGGUGCCGAGCAAAUACGCGGAGUGUAUGGAUUCAAACUUCAAAAUGUGGAUGAGGUGGUAUGGCAAGAAGUAUGGAGAGUAUAAAUUAAUAAAGGGCGACUUUCUGAUGGACGAACACAGAGAGAAGAUAAACGCCGCGACGAUAGUGUUCGUGAACAACUUCGCCUUCGGGCCCCACGUGGACCAUCAGCUCAAGGAGAGAUUCGCCGACUUGAAGGACGGAGCCAAGAUAGUGUCGUCCAAAAGCUUCUGCCCACUCAACUUUAGGAUAACGGACAGAAACCUCAGCGACAUCGGCACGAUCAUGCACGUCAGCGUCAUGUCGCCGCUGAAGGGCUCCGUCUCGUGGACGGGGAAGCCUGUCUCGUACUAUUUACACAUUAUAGAUAGGACCAAAUUGGAGAGAUAUUUUCAAAGACUGAAAAAUCCGAAACUCAAGGUCAGCAAAAGGGAGGAUGGCAAGCGCAACCUGAGCGCGCCGCCGACGCGGCAGCCGACGCCGGACCUGCUCAACGGGAACAGCAACCACAGCUCCGCCUCGCUGCCCGAGCGCCGCCGCAAGGUCACCCGGCCCCGGCCCCCAGCUGGCAGGGGCGAGGCGGGGCGGACGCGCGCGCGCGCGGCGGCGGCCAAGCGGCGCGUGGCGGCGCGGCGCUCGAGCGACGACAGCGACGACGACUCCUCCGCCACCGACGACGCGCCCGGCCCCGAGCCCGCGCCGCGCGAGUGGGGCGCGCCCUGGGCCUCCAGCUCCGACUCCAACCGCAGCCGGCGCGGCACCAGCAAGCGCAGCGCGUCGGCGGGCGGCGCGCGGCGGCGGGCGGCGCGCAGCAGCAAGCGGCGCCGCGCCGCGCCGCAAGCCAUCGCCGGCCUCGACCUGCUGCACGACACCACGCUCGCCUCCACCGAGCGCAGCGGCGCGGAAACGGCACCGCCGCCAGGCUGCGUAGGCCAGCGCCUGUCGGCCCUGGGCGGGUUGCAGUCAGCCGAGCGCCUGCACUCGGAGCUGGACAUCCCGCGCUCGCCGCAUACGCCCUACAGCCUGCAACUGUUGCUCGACAUGUUCCGCGACCAAUACCUCGCCUUCAUACAGCGCAUGAACUCGCCCGAGUUCGCGCACGAGAUCCGGCACCAGAUCGACAAGGAGAAGGAGCGUAACCAAAAGUUGAAAUCGCGCGCGUCGCAACUGGACAAACAGAUUAACGUGCUGAUAAGCGACAGCGUGGCUCUGCUGAAGGCGCGCAUGACGGAGCUCGGCAUCCACGCCAACAACACCGUGGACCUGCUGGCCAAGGCCAAGGAGAUCGUCGGCCGCCACAAGGAGCUGCAGAGCAAGGCCAGCAAGCUGCAGCAGCAGGUGAACAACAUAGAGGCGGAACAGGCUAUGCUCGUUAAACAACGGACAUUUGAAAUAACAGAAAAGUAUCGUCAAUUAGGUCACAUACCGCCUGACAUCGAGAUCACUCAGAACAUAGCACACGACUGCAUACUCAGAGAGAUAACGGCCACGCUAGCACACCGGAAAAGGUUACAAGCUCAAGUCGGGCACUUACAAGGAGAAAUCAUCCAAAUGGAAAGAGCGAGCGAGCAUCAGAAGGUGAACGUGCCGUCCGUUCCCGUUGCUACUGUGAAACCCCAUACGGUGAACUCGAAACCCCGCAAGUCUCGAGAGCACCGCUCGCGCUCGCAAGAGUGGCCCGACGUGCCCGACAUGGGCAAGAUUGAGGAGCAAAACCCGGAGCUACUGGCGCAGAAGAUUCUGGAAACCGGACGGCAGAUUGAGGCGGGCAAGAAGACGCCGAACGUGAUCGUGAACGGGUACCUGCGCGACGAGCACCGCGGCGGCGGCGGCGGCGGCGGCGGCGGGGACGGCGGCGCGGCGUCCCCGCGGCCGCGGCCGCUGCACCGCGCGCCGCCGCAGCCGCCCCGCGCCGCGCGCGCGCGCGAGCCCGGCAAGCCCCUCAACGUCGUCGGCAAGGUGCAGGAGUCCCCCAAGGUCAUCAACUUCGAGGACCGCCUCAAGAGCAUCAUCACCUCUGUGCUCAAUGAGGAUCAGGAGCAACGUAAAGCGUCGCGGCAGCCGCCAACUCCAAAUCACGCGUAUAGUAACGGCUACGUGCGGCAGCCGGCGCAGCAACCCCACCCGCAGCAGCACUCGCAGCACUCGCAACACUCGCAGCACACGCAGCACUCGCAACACACGCAGCACGCGCCGCACCCGCCGCACUCCCCGCACGGGUACUCGCGCGCGGCCGCGGCGGCGCCGGGCUUCCCGCGCUCGCGCGACUACCGCCGCGAGCGCUACUCGCACGCGCAGUACGAGCGCCGCGCGCACCUCGAGCGCGACCUGCGCCACCAGCCCGACUACACGCAGGUAUCGCCAGCGAAGCUAGCAUUGCGGCGUCAUCUGUCGCAGGAGCGCCUGGCCGCGCCGGCGCCUGCGCGCACCAUCGGCGACCUGGUCAACGGCGAGAUCGAGCGCACGCUCGAGAUCUCCAACCAGAGCAUCAUCAACGCCGCCGUGCACAUGUCCGCGCGCUACCAGGACCCGCCGCACCAGCCGCUCGAAGGUCUAGCGGCGUGCCUGCAAGCGCGCGUCCUGGCGUCGGAGUACUGGCGCGGGCGCAACGGCGGCGGCGGCGGCGGCGGGCCGCCCGCCGGGCCCGACGACGAGCGCCGCCGCUCGCCGCCGCCCGACCCGCACUCCAACACCUCCACGCCGCUCGUAGACGAGUUGCCCGACGCGUCGAGGCCCAACGAAGGCGAAGGCGGCGAGGAAGUCGAGGAGAGCAAGUGGCAGGACCGGAUAGACUUUCGCUUCGACCAGAUAAUAUCGUUCGCGUCCACCGCGAUUGACGAUAAGCGGCGGCGGUCGGACGAGGCCUACAACACGUCGCCCGACUCCGGCAUCGGGCACGGCGACACGCGGGCCGGCGUGUCGGGGCCGACGCCGGGCGCGCGCGCGGCGCCGGGGGCCGCGCCGGCGCCGGCCGCGCGCGCCGCCUCGCCGGGGCCGCCGCACCAGCACCAGCACCAGCACCAGCACCAGCACCAGCACGCGCAGGCGCAGGCGCAGGCGCACCACUUCAAGAAGCGCUUCUUCCGACGCGAGCGCUGGGACGCGUGGUCGGGCGCGCCGCCGCCCGCCGCCGUGGACUGGGAGCGGCCGGCGAUGUGACGGCCGCGCACCUAGCGCUGCCUGGAGUGCCGCUUCGUCCACCCGUGCCCGUCAGGGCCCGCCCUAGAGUAAUUUCUAUCGGACCGCCGCCGACGAGAGAGGACGCGGCGGAUCUAUGUAAAUAGUGCCCCGCGAGUCGCGAGCGCUUUUCGCCCGGCGCCCGAGGUCGGCCGCUUUCGUGCCGACCGUGACGGUUUUUUUUGUUAUAUUUUCGAAUAUAUUAUAAUGUAAUUAUGUAUAUUAUUGAGUUUAUCUUAUGUUUAAGAAUUGUAAUUAUGAUAAUUAUAAGUUUACGCGGCCGUUCCAUUCGGGCGCUUCGUAGGUCGACGGCACCUCGACGGAUCGUAUUUCAUGUGUUCAUUUAGGUCCUAGAUUCUGAAAUACGUGGUUCGCUAGUGAUGCGGCGGUCGUUCUUUCGCCGGUCAUUCGAUGAAUGUUUGUUGUUUUAUGAGUUUUAUUUUUUGACGUUACGGAUGGCUCAGUCUGAAUAAUGUUAAUCAUUUCUUUGGGGAAUCUUAAGAAAUAGUGUGUAUCGAUAGCGAGUUGUACAUAUAAUGAACGUAGACUAUUGUAAGUGAUGUAUGUGAAGGAUCAUUGUGUAGUCUCGUUUGAUGCCUGUAAUACUGACAACUGACUGGCGCCAAAUUACUGACUGAAACUGCAGUUGUUGCCUUAGCCGCGUUCGUAAUGUUAUUUAUUACACUGCGACGACGUUCAUUUUUUAUUUAAUCUACAAAGAAAUAAGCAAUAACUUACGCGAAUUAGUUUUCUAUAUUACCUCGGUACGGGUCAACUAGAAAAUUAGUUAUAUGUCAGCGCUAUUAAAAAUAAAAACUAGCUUGUAUUAGCUUUUAAAUAGGAUUAUGAAGUACUCUUUCAGCCAAAAGUUUCUUAACACUAGCAUGGGUGGCCUGACAUAAUAACUGUGAUGUUUGUAUAUGAAACUGGAUCAGAUUGAUCUAAACAUGAUUACCUGUAAUAGACCGGCAGCAAGAUUUUAGUCCUUUUCAUUAUGUGUGUACGUAUAUGUAUACGAUGUUUUUAACAGUUUAAGCAUUAUAGGGUGCUGUUUUAUUUAUUUUUUCUUACUUAUUAGAAUUAUCACGUACGUCUAAAUUGUAUAGUGCCAAAUAAUCAUGUGGUCUUUUAGAAAAUAUUUAAUUUUUUGUAAGAUAAAAUGUACAUUUUAAUUUGAUUUUGUUAAUUUUGCAUGGAAACGCACAAUUUUAUUAGGUUUGAUUUUUUAAAUGCGGCUCUACAGAUCGUGGCUACAUUGUUUUAGCAAUGUUUUUAAGUUACAGCAAGCUAUAACUUCGUUAUUACACAGGAUCGGAUUCAAACAAUCUUUGAUCUCUGUUCCUAGAAUAAUCUUAUACGUUUUAGACACGCCGCGGCCAGGGCUAUGAAACUCGUAAGAAUUUCGCUUUUCAUUAUCAAGGAACUGCCACUUUAUACACUCAAUUAGAAAAGUCUAAACUAGUAAUUAUUUAGAUUUAGAGGCCGCGAAAAAGACGUAUCAAUUAGACAAAACGUUCCGAAACCCAUAUUGUUCAAUAGGUAAGGGAAUCCCAGAAGUAAGCGGAAAAACCUAAGUGUUCAUUUCUUCAUAAGUUCAUU